AUGGAUUCUUCUUCUUCGUCUAUGCCUCGCACUUGGAGAUACAGCGUCUUUGCAAGCUUCCACGGACCAGACGUCCGUAAAUCGUUUCUGAGUCAUUUUCGAAAGCAGUUUGUUGUCAAUGGGAUUACCAUGUUCGAUGAUCAAGGGAUUGAGAGAAGCCACAACAUCGUCCCUUCACUCACGAAAGCUAUUAGGGAAUCAAGGAUCUCUAUCGUGAUUCUCUCAAAGAACUAUGCUUCUUCCAGCUGGUGUUUGGAUGAGCUGCUGGAGAUUUUGAAGUGCAGGGAAGAUAUGGGACAGAUAGUGAUGACCAUCUUCUACGGAGUAGAUCCAUCUGAUGUGCGUAAGCAGACCGGAGAGUUUGGGAUGGCUUUCAGUGAGACUUGUGCUCGCAAAACAGAGGAGGAGAGGCGAAGAUGGAGCCAAGCUUUGACAGAUGUUGGCAACAUAGCCGGAGAACACUUGAUAAACUGGGACAAUGAAGCGACAAUGAUCGAGAAGAUUGCAAGAGAUGUUUUAGAUAAACUGAAUGCCACACCUUCUAGAGAUUUUGACGGCAUGGUUGGACUCGAAGCACACUUGGAGAGAAUGCAGUCUUUGUUACAUUUAGAUGACGAGGAUGGAGCUAUGAUGGUUGGAAUCUGUGGCCCUGCAGGGAUUGGUAAGACUACAAUUGCUCGAGCUUUACAAAGCCGACUCUCUCAUAGGUUUCAGCUUACCUGCUUUGUGGACAACUUGAGGGGAAGCUACCAUAGUAGUUUUGAUGAGUAUGGCUUGCGGCUGCGUUUACAAGAAGAGUUUCUUUCAAAUAUUCUGAACCAAAAUGGUAUGAGGAUAAGCCAUUUAGGUGCAAUAGAAGAAAGACUAUGCGACAUGAAAGUUCUUAUCAUUCUCGAUGAUGUGAACAGUCUAAAGCAACUAGAGGCGUUGGCUGAUGAAACUACAUGGUUUGGUCCUGGAAGUAGGAUUGUUGUAGCCACAGAAAACAAAGAGAUUUUGCGGCAACAUGGCAUCACUAGCACGUAUGAAGUGGGUUUACCAUCUAGAGAAGAAGCUCUUGAAAUCUUAUGUAGAUAUGGUUUUAGACAAAGCUAUCCACAUGAUGGCUUUCAAGAGCUUGCAAAGAGUGUAACAUGGCUUUGUGGUGACCUUCCGUUGGGUCUACGUGUGGUGGGAUCGUCUUUACGUGGGAAGAAGGAAGAAGAGUGGGAAGAACUAAUGCGCCGGCUAGAGACUGUUCUUGAUCGAGAUAUCGAGGACGUGCUAAGAGUCAGCUAUGACAGUUUAGAUGAGAAUGAGCAAAUACUGUUUCUCCACCUUGCAGUCUUCUUCAACUAUAAAGAUGGAGAUCUUGUCGAAGCCAUGUUCGUUGACGGUGACUUGGAUGUCACAACCGGCUUGAAGAUUCUAGUCAAUAGAUCUCUCGUAAGUAUAGAUCAUUUCUCUGAUAGCAUAGUGAUGCACAAGUUACUUCAGCAAAUGGCUAGACAAGCCAUUCAUAAACAAGAGCCUUGGAAACGCCAAAUCUUGAUGGAUGCUCAUGAGAUUUGUGAUGUCCUCGAAAACGAAACAGGUACUAGGAAUGUGGUUGGUAUAUCAUUUGAUAUAUCAAGAAUCAGCGAAGUCUCUAUAAGCAACAGAGCUUUUAAAAGAAUGCCUAAUCUUCGGUUCCUAAAAGUUUGCCAAAGAAAACAUGAUGGAGUGGUUAUACCUGAGGAGAUGGAGUUUCCGAGUCGUCUAAGGUUACUUCAAUGGAACGCAUACCCAAACAAGUGUCUUCCUCUCACAUUUCGUCCUGAACAUCUUGUCGAGCUCAAUAUGUCUGGUAGCGAGCUCGAGUACCUCUGGAAAGGAACUCAGAAACUUACAAAUCUCAAGAAGUUGGAUUUGUCAUAUUCCCCGAAAUUGAAGGAACUCCCGGAUCUUUCAAAUGCUACGAGUCUGGAGAGAUUGGAACUGAGCCAAUGCGUAAAGCUAGAAGUGAUCUUAUCUAACCUGAACAUGGCGUCUCUUGAAUACGUCAACAUGCAUGGAUGCUCAAGACUGAGAAACAUUCCAGUUAUGUCGAAGAAGAUCAAACAACUGUACAUUUCAAAUACAGUGGUGGAAGAUGUGCCUGCAUCGUCAAUUAGCCUUUGCUCUCAGCUUAUAUCUCUUGAUCUAAGGUCCAACGGAAAGCUCAAGGACAUAACAUAUCUCCCCACAAGUCUAACAGAGCUAAACCUAAGUGAUUCUGAUAUUGAAAAGAUUGAUGGCAUCAAAGAUCUUCCGUGGUUACAACAUCUAUAUCUAUCUGGCUGCAAGAGACUAGCGUCAUUGCCAGAGCUCCCUUGUGCUCUCACGAUACUAUUGGCAGACGACUGUGAAUCUCUGGAGACCGUGGUUUGCCCGUUGAACACUCCGAAAGCUAUACUCAGUUUCAUCAACUGCUUCAAAUUAGACCAACAAACACGGCGAGGAAUUAUCCAACACUCGGUCUUCCGAGGUGCUCUCUUACCUGGAAGAGAAAUGCCUGCAGAGUUCGAUCACCGAGCCAGCGGAAGUUCAUUAGCCAUUCGUCGUCCCGAUGGUUACAACAGACCAUUAAAGGUCUGCAUCGUCGUGGUUUCUCUUGACCAAACGUAUAGAUUUCCUUCCGAACUAUGGUGUCAUCGAAAAGGCAACGGCGACGGCGACUUAUACCCAAAGUUGUUGUGUUUAAGUGACAUGUUCAAAUGUCGAACAGAACAUCUGUUCGUGUUUCCCUCUUACGCGAGCAGAGUGACAGUGUUCGAGUUCAGCACAAGGUUCCACUUCUUUGACGUUAUUGAAUGUGGUGCACAGUUCUUGAACGAAGAAUGCUAUGAAACUGGAUCCGAUCAAACGUUUGAAGACGACAGUGAUAGUGAUAGCUCCGCUGAUGAGAGUUGUGGGAUCACAGAUGGAGUUCCGUAUAGAACUACGAACCAACGACUAACGCUUGAUGAUCCUUUGAACCAUGUAGUCUUUCGUACAUUUCCAUUUCCAAAACCCCAAUUCUGA